CUCUGGGCGCCACGCUGCCGCCCGCUCGAGUCAACUGACUCGACUCAGACGCAGACAGACUGUGCGCCAGUCAGGCCCAGUCUUCUCCCAGCCACCGCUGCUCCCACACCGGUUGCCCUCCACUCUCCAGGAUUCACAAUACAGAGUUCUCUUGUGAUUUUGUUGUGGUUUUGAAGAGAUGUAAACAAUACAAAAAAAAGGCGUAAAACUCUAGUGUGAAAAAUAAAUAAGUUGUGAACUACAGAAAGGAAACUAGACGGAAAUAAAGACAACAGUGAAUAUUAUCCUGCACACCCGAAUUAGUGUUCGAUGAUAAGGGAGUCGGUGCUGCCGAGGACUGACUAAGUAAGCCUCCAGCCGGGAGUGUGAACAGUGCCGCUGCUUGAGCGAGGACCCCGGGCCGGAGGGCGGAGGGCGGCACGACGCGACGAUGACGGAGGCGAUGCUGUGGAGGGGCGGGGAGAUGGGGGGCCUGUCCGCCAGCCCCUCCCUGCUGCUGAUGAUGAUGCUGCCACUGCUGACUGCUGGCACCACCCCGCCCACCCAUGAUCUCUGCCACCAGGACGGCAUCUACUACCCCAAUGGCAGCGAGUGGCGGCGAGACGCCUGUGUGCUGUGCCAGUGCCACGGAGGAGUGGCAGCGUGUGAGCGGGAGGCGUGUAGGAUGCCUUCCUGCCGGCCACCCCAGCGGCUCAUCCGACACCCCCAACACUGCUGUCCACAGUGCCUGCCGCCGCCAACGCCUUGCAAAGCAGGAGAUUCCCUCUUCCAGGAUGGUGAAGUGUGGUCCCCCGGGGGGUGUGAGCAGUGCCAGUGUAUCAGCGGAACAGUGUCCUGCGGCCGCCAGUCCUGCAAUGUCAGCAGCUGCCCCGAGGGUCAGGUGCCCCUGCAACUCCCUGAAAAGUGCUGCCCAGAGUGCGUACCGUUGGGCCGACCGUGCAAGGUGGGGAAUGAAGUGCAUAUAGAUGGUGCUUUGUGGUCACCUGUGGCCUGCACUCACUGCCAGUGCCGUGAUGGGAGGACACUGUGCUAUGUCGCCCAGUGCCCUCAGCUCACAUGCCCUGCUAACCACACUCUGGAGGUCACUCAAGGCUCAUGCUGUCCUAGGUGUGUGGGAAUACCAUGUGAGGUGGAGGGAAGAAUAUUCAAGUCUGAUGAACAUUGGAAAGAAAAUGACUGUUUGGACUGUGUGUGCCUGGCUGGGCGUGUCCUGUGCCACCAACAAGAGUGUCCCGGCCUCCAGUGCCGGCCAGAUGAGGAACUAUAUCAAGAGGAAGGUGUCUGUUGUCCUACUUGCACUAAGAAGCAGGGUUGGUGUCGACUUGAGAAUGGUACACGGUUAGCUCCAGGACAAGUGUGGAGCAAUACUGCUUGUGACCUUUGUACAUGUCAAGAGGGCAAGAUUAUAUGCAAUAAGGUAGAAUGUGGUGGGACAAGGUGUGGUGUUGGAGAAUCCUUCGUUACUAAACCUGGAGCCUGCUGUCCCGAAUGUGUUGUGGACCAUUCUAUGUGUCUAGUUGAUGGGGCAAUUAAAAAGAAUGGAGACGUUUGGAAGUCUGGUAAGUGUCAGCUGUGCUCCUGUAUCACUGGGGAAGUCACUUGCUAUCAGCCUUCCUGCCCUGUCUGCCCCAGAGGAAUGGUAGCAACAACAAAAAAUCACAGUGACUGCUGCCCACAGUGUCAGGCCAUCACAUGUCCUAGCCACUGUUCAGUUUGUCUUCCUGGUAGCCCACAGCCAUUGUGCACAGUUUGCCUAAAGGGAUAUUACCGUCAAUCAGGUGUAUGUGUGAAAGAAUGUGGACAAGGCAGCUUCCGGCAGGGUUCGGAGUGCAUUAGCUGUCAUCCCACGUGCUCAGCGUGCUCACAGGCAACCAUGUUUCACUGUAUGAAAUGCAGAGAUGGGGAAGUGUUGCAUGAAGGCCAGUGUGUGAGUGACUGUGGCCGGGGAUUCUUUGCCAGUGAAGGAAGCUGCCGUCCAUGCCAUGCUUCCUGCAGUGAGUGUGCAGGGCCAGAACCUAACCAGUGUCAGGUGUGCCCUGAAAAGACUUUCCUGCAUGCAGGUACUUGCAGUGAAGCCUGUCCCAGGGGAUAUUAUGCCAGGGAGCAGGUGUGUGAAGAAUGCGAGGAAGAAUGUGAGGUGUGUGGGAUGGGGCAGUGUCUUCUUUGCAACUCUUCCUUGUGGAAAGAGAAUGGGCAUUGCCGUCAAGACUGUUCACCAGGCUUUUAUAAAAGUCAAGGCAACACUUGUGUCAACUGUCAUCCCUCAUGCAAGACGUGUAAUGGUGCUGGCAUUUCUUCCUGUACAUCAUGUCCCCAUUACCUUUUCCUAAGUGGGUCUUCCUGUCUGAGCCAGUGUCCAAGAGGAACAUAUGCUAGAGAAGGGCUGUGUUUACCAUGCCACAAGUCUUGCUCUCAUUGUUUGGAUAAGGGACAUGAAAGCUGUACUGAAUGCUCCCAAGCUGGCCAUGUGGUGGUGAUACAAGGGCAGGAAAGUGCAAUCUCAGGAAGAUGUGAAGACUCCUGUCCAUCCAAUCACCAGAUGCUUGGAGACAUAUGUGUUGUACCCCCUUUGGGCUGUGAUGUGUGGAAUGUGGCAGAGCCAACACAUUGCCAACAAUGCCUCAAUGGAUGGAAGCAGCAGGGUCACAGCUGUGUCAAGACAUGUGAUUCAGGCUAUUAUUAUCUUAUGAAGAAGAAUGUGUGCUUAGAGUGUGAUCCACGGUGCAAGACCUGUUCUGGUCCUGGUCACAGAAGCUGCCUAACCUGCCACAAGAGGGCCACACUCCACCCAAGGAAGACUGGAGCAGAGUGUCUAACUAAAUGUCACCGGAGGCAUUACUUGGCUCUAGAUAACACAUGCCAAACUUGUCAUCCCUCCUGCAAUGUGUGUGCUCUUGACCACACCAACACCUCCUCUAGCAUUUGUCUGCGCUGUAAGGGGGGAUACAAGCACCGGGAGGGUGACCAAUGCGUACUUAACUGCAGCCAGGGACACUUUUUGAGCCGUGAUUCUAAUACAUGUGAGCAGUGUCACCCUCAGUGUGCAACAUGUGAUGGACCUCACGUGACCAGCUGCCUCACCUGCCUUGAAGGAAUGAACCUCACACCUCAGGGAAUAUGUGAAACAAUCCAAUGUUCCAGUGGUUUCUACCUUACUUCUGAGGGAAUUUGCUCCAAGUGUGAGGGAAAUUGUAACACCUGCACAAGUGAUGGUUCCAGAUGCCUCACCUGCCAUCCCUCUCAACAUCUGCUCUAUGGCAAAUGUGUUGAUCAGUGUCCACCAAUGUUUUAUGUGGAUAUGAAUGCUGAUGGAGAAUGUCAAGAGUGUCACUGGACCUGUGAGAAAUGUUUGGGCCCCUCGGAAGAAGACUGCCUUGAAUGCAGGGCUGAUACAUUAAAAGAGGGGAAUAAAUGUCUUGCUGAAUGUUCAAUAGGACACUACCAGGUUGGCCAGGAAUGUCAUCCAUGCCCUGGAGGCUGUAGCAAGUGCAACACCAGCUCAUUGUGUUUAGCCUGCCACCCUCCCUACCUGCUGCAGUAUGAUCUAUGUGUUACCUCCUGCAAGUCAGGAACUUUUGCAAAUGUAUUUGAUAAUCGCUGCCAUGAGUGUGGAAGUGGGUGUGAGGAAUGUUCUCUGUACGAGUGUUUACACUGCCGCCCACCCUACCUGCUGCAGGGGGGCCAGUGUGUGGAGCAGUGCAGUCCCAACUACCUUACCAAUACUGUGUCUGGAGUCUGCCACUACAACACUGCAGGGCCUUCAUUUCAACUCCUCGGACCCAUUGUUGCAGAAAAUGGAAAGUUGUUUCCUCUCAAUGGUUCUGUGCUUCACAUUGUAGACACUGACACUUCCAGUGAUUUGCUGGUUGUCACACUAGAAGACCCACCCUCAAAUGGAGAUCUUCUGAGAAUGGUCAAUGGCAGCAGCCAAAAACUAAAGAAAAAUGAUAAUUUUACCGUUUCUGAAAUGACUGAGAACAAAAUAUUUUACAGGCAUCAGGCAAACCUAUCUUUGUUUGGAAAGGUGCAGUUCAAUGUGUGGGAUGGUCACUAUAAGGCAGGGCCAGAAUUGAUCUCAAUCAGUGUGAUUUCCCAACAUCCUCCUGAAGUGUUUAUAAAUGAGCCUUUGCUGGUUCUUCGUGGACAGCAAGCUGUAUUAAGUAAUGAGGUCUUGAAUAUUCUUGACUUGGACAACCCUGAAAGUGUAACAAUCAUGCUGGUGGAUAGGCCUCAUCAUGGCCAGUUAUCUGUGGCUGAUGAGAAAGUCCUUAUGUUUACCCUUGAGGAACUGACCCAGGAACAGGUAAUAUACUCUCAUGAUGGUUCAAGCAAAGAAUCUGACCUUGUAUUACUUCAGGCUAGUGAUGAGUAUAAUGUGGUGAACUUCCUCCUUCAAGUAUACAUUGUUGAUGAAGAGCAUAAGCACCCUAUACUGACCAGGAACUUUGGUGCAAGGGUGCAGGUGGGUGGAAGAGUUCAGAUCUCCCCUCAGUUACUGCAGGCUUCAGACAUUGAUUCAGAAGAUACAAAUUUAGUGUUCACUCUUCUGCCUAUGCUGGAAAACUCUGGCCAAGGUAAAAUUGCACUUGUCAUCCCACUGCCCCCAGCCCCUGAGGGCUUCUUCCAUGAUGGAUGGACUCAGAUGGAUGAGGCACAUUUGGUUAGACCUACCACUAGCUUCACUCAACGGGAUGUUGAUGAGGGUCGUGUAUGGUACUUACACUCUGGGGAGUUAGUGGGCGGUGAUAGCACAUCAGACCAACUGUUGUUCUCAGUGGCUGACAGCUCCCACCCACCUAACAUCCUCGGUGACCAGGCCUUUAUCAUACAAGUGGAGGCCUCAGAGCCGGGGUUAGAUAUGUCACCUGCACCAAACACUCAACUAACUGCAACAGUGCUGGAGGGCCAAGCUGUGACCCUGACUCCUAGCCAUCUCUCUGUUCCUGGAGUUGGUCCAUCUGAUCACCUUGUAUAUACCAUCACUCACCCUCUGGGGCCUCAUCAUGGCUCUCUUUUCCACAUUGAUUCCCCCGGCCUUGAACUGCGACAAUUCAUGCAAGCAGACAUUGAUGAUAUGAAGAUCAUAUAUAUGCCACCUUUUAGUGACAUGGGACAAGAAGAUAAAUAUUUCAGCUUUAAAUUUACAGUCUCUGAUCCCAUGGCAGGAGGCUCAAACCAGCUACCUGAGCAGAAGUUUACCUUUCAUGUUGUUCCCCACAAAGGAACCCAGUUUUCAUUCAAUCACCCAGAUCCAGAGAUUAUCAUAAGCAGUCAUGAGACAGUGGAGCUCCAAUCUGAGUUCUUUGAACUGAUGAAUUUGGCACAAGGAGAAGAAGUGAUAUUUAUCCUUUUGGAGGCACCUCUCCAUGGUACUGUCACAAGAGAAGCAGAGGGAAAUUCUUACCUAUUUACAGAAGAGGAGAGUCUGGACCACAGCACUAUAAGACAAUCCCGCCUCCUGUACAAACAUGAUGGUUCUGAGGCAACCCAAGACUCCAUGGUAUUUCUGGCCCUGGGCCACUCGUCUGAAGCCAGCACGCGCAUCAGCAUCACUGUGCUCCCUCGUCAUCAUGACCAUGACCAUCCCUCCAGGAAUGAAAAUGCCACAUUGUCAGUGACACUAAAUGAAUAUGAAUCCAAAGUCAUCACCAGUGCUCAUCUUCGCUUCACCGACCUGCAUUCCCAAGAUGAAGACAUUGUAUACACCAUGCUUCUCGAACCUCAUUUGGGGUCUCUAGUCUUAAUGGAAUCUUCUGGUGUUACACAAGUGCUCAAUAAGACCAAUAAAUUCACACAAGCAGACAUCGUGCAAGGCUUCAUCAGUUACACUUCUCUUGUGGAGAUCGGCCCCACAGCAGCAGAGGACCAAGUGACUUUCAAUGUUACAGAUCUUCAAAGCAAUGUACUUUCUAAUCAGGUGCUUAGGAUAGCCAUUCUUAGUGUGGACAACAGCAUCCCUGAGGUAAAAGUGGGAAGUCCAGUAGUAGUGGCCGAGGGAGGCAGUACAAUGAUCCCUUCAGGCUCAAUCACUGCUUCAGAUCUGGACACUCCUCUCUCUAACCUUGAAGUGGUGCUGGAUUCACAACCAGUUGUUGGAUACUUAACCAACAAAAAUUCAGACAUGAGGAUUGGUUCCAAGGGAGCAAAUCCUCUCACAAAAUUUACAUACCCAGCCCUGCAGGGAGGCAACAUAUGGUACAUUCAGUCUCAUCACCGUCAUCAGGAGCCCGUCCAUGAUACUUUUCACUUCCACAUCACUGAUGGGAAAAGUAACUCCCCUGUUGAAAGACUCGAUAUAACUAUCAAGCCUGUGAAUGAUGAACCACCAGUUGUUCUUGGAGAACAAGUGGUAGUUGAAAAGGGCGAGACCGCCAUCAUUCAAAAUCAGUCCCUUAUUAUAUCAGACACAGAUUCAGGAGCAGAAAAUCUAGUGAUUAUUGUGGAACAGCUGCCACAGCACGGGUCAUUACACAGGAAGAAGUCCUCAUCAGAUUCUAUCAAGCAGAGUGAACGACUCGUGCGUGGCCAACACUUCACUUUUCAGGACAUCUUGAACGAGUUGAUUCUUUACAGCCAUGAUGGCUCAAAGUACCCGGAGGAUGUAAUGGAAAUAUUGGUGAGUGAUGGCAAUCAUGAAACUGGAGGAAUUGUUGAAUUUGAAAUAGUGCAAAAACAAAAUAUGUCUCCAAAGCUGAGCAUCUCCUCCAGCCUCAGUGUUAGGACCGGCCAAGUUGCUGUCAUUUCCCAGAGCCAAUUGAAAGCUGAGGAUGCUGAUUCAGAAGACAAAUUUAUUCAGUAUGUGAUCACUAAUGUGCCCAAUUCAGGAAGUCUUGAAGUCUUUCGUUUGGGUUCAUGGGUGGCACUUGAUGUAGGGUCAGUUUUUCUGCAACAAGAUAUUCAGAACCACCAUGUUCGAUUUGUUCAUCAUUAUGAUGCACAUGCAACCACGGAUGCUCUUCGUUUCAACCUUUUGGAUCCCGAGGGAAAUAUUAACUUGGAUCAAGCUCUGCAUAUCACUGUGUUAGAAGAUCAUACAGCACCACGUAUUGUCACUAAUAUGGGACUUACACUCUCUGAGGAUGACACUGUUCCCAUCACUCGCCAUCUCCUUUCAGCCACUGAUGUUGAGAUUGACUCAUCACAGUUAAUGUUUUCUGUAGUAAGUGGGCCAGAACAUGGGCAGGUGACUUUGGCUACUUCACCUGAAGAAGCAGUAUUUAACUGGACUCAGGAAGUAUUGAACACAGGAAACUUAUUGUACCACCACUAUAAUGAUGAUGAGAGCACCAGUGAUCAUUUUGUCUUCAUAGUCUCUGAUGGACCUAAUAGCAUCAAGGAUACAUUUCAUAUCACCAUCACACCUGUGGAUGAUCAGCUUCCAGUUCUUGCCACUAAUGUUAUCAAAGUUCAAGAAGGAAUGAAAAAAGUUAUUUCUCAGUUUGAAAUUGAAGCCUCCGAUGCAGAUACUCAUGAUGAACAUUUAGUGGUAACAGUGAAACAGCCACCACAGCAUGGCUGGUUGGAGGUUUCUGGGGAACAGGAUGCAAAGACUUUCACCAUGCUGGACCUGUAUUCAGGGGCUGUAUCUUAUGUACAUGAUGGCUCAGAUUCCUCUUCGGAUACCUUUAGUGCGGUGGUCUCAGACUCCACUAAUGCUCUAUACCAGCGGGCAGAAAGUCAAAUAGCUACAGCUGAACCAACUGCUAUUCGUGUUGAAGUUUCUAAGGUAGAAGAUGGCACCCCACUCCUGAGAGUGAAUAGGGGAAUUCAUUUUUUGCAACAGGAAGCUGGAACCAAGGGAAAAAAUUUCAUCACAAGCCAUGAACUGCUAGUUGAGGACAAAGACACUCCCCCAGAGGAAGUGAAAAUGAUUGUAAUGGCUGGACCAGUCCAUGGGGAGCUUCAUCUCACUUCACAGAAGAAUUCUGUUUCUUCUUUUACUCAAGCCGAUAUAAUAGCUGGACACCUCUACUAUGAACUCACAUCGUCUUCCCACCAAGUUUAUAGUGACCAGUUUACCUUUGAAGUAACGGAUAACAAGUCCAGUGUUGUGCCUGAAAAUAUUUUUCAUAUUCAAUGGUCAUGGUUUGAAAUGGGCCAAAAGCAGUACAAUGUGACAGAAACUGACAGUGCAGUCAAUGUUCUGGUGAAAAGAAAAGGUAAUUUGAAACAACAGUCAUCAGUUACCUGCCUCACACAUGGAGGAUCUGCCAGAGGGAGAGCUAAAGUAGUGGAUAUGGUAGAUUUCACAGCUGUUUCCAAUACCUUGCUAUUUGAAGAAGGAGAAGCUGAGAAAUACUGUGUUGUCCCUAUCCAAGAUGAUGAUAAGUUUGAAGGCUCUGAGAAAUUUACUGUAAAGUUGGUGGAACCAAGUUAUGCCCUCCUAGGAAGACCAAGAAAGUCACUUAUAAACAUUAAUGAUGAUGAAGAUAAACCAUCAGUCACAUUUGAUGCUAGUCACUUUGUUGUUAGGGAGACUGAAGGUUUUAUUAUUGCAAGACUGAAGCGUGGUGGAGAUAUUAACAUGGGAGCAUCUGUCAUGUGUGUGAGAGAUGGAUCAGCCAUUGGUUCCCAGCCGAACCAAUUAGCCAACGGAACGGACUUUAUUCAUCGUUUACAUGAUGAGUCUUCUAUGGUUGUAUUUGCUCCUGGCAUUACAGAGUCAUCAUGUACUGUUAAAAUCAUAGAUGAUCAUUUUGAAAUGAAUGAAGAAUUUUUUAUUACUGAAAGACCCUCUCAAGGCACAACUCUUGGGGAGAACUGGAGAGCUUCUGUUACCAUCAGAGGACCAAAUGAUCAAAGCACAAUUGGUUUCAGCCCAACAGAGUAUAUAGUGUCAGAGAGCAAGGGUACUGUAACUCUCUGGCUUGAGAGAACUGGAAUGGACUUCAGUCACACAUGCAGUGUUUGGUGCAUCACGAGAGGCUCUUAUCAGGAAGCUCAGCCUUCCCUUGAUUUUGUUCCACACUCUGAGCAGGUCAACUUUACAGAGGGGCAAAGAAUUGCAAACUGCUCCAUUCAUCUGAUUGACGAUAAACUUAAUCCAAAAGUUGAAGAGGAACAAUUUGUUGUGUCCCUAAGGACUGGACAAAAUGCUUCCAUCAGUAGCAGCACUUCAGAGGCCAUUGUGACUUUGACAGAUGAAGAGGACAGCCCCUCAAUACAAUUUGGAGCAGCAGAGGUGACUGUUCGAGAAAACCAGACAGUGGUUAGGAUCCCAGUGGUACGCUCAGGUGACAUGAGUCAAGUAUCUACUGUUCGUUGCUCAACACGACAAAGGUCAGCCAAAGCAAAUGAAGACUUUAUAGAGCGACCAAACACGGAAGAAUCUGUUGUUACCUUCAACAGGGGAGUUUCUCGGAUAGAGUGUGAAGUAAAUAUAAUAGAUGAUCUUAUUUAUGAAAAGGAAGAAAAGUUCAUUGUUAAGUUAUCGCAUCCAGACUCAACAUCAAGUUUUCGUCCCUACCUCGGUGAAGACAGGGUGACACGGGUUACCAUCAUAGACUGGGAAGAUCGCCCAAGAGUAUCAUUUGAACAUGGUGCCUAUACCACUCCCCAGCCAACUACCCUCACUCCUUCAUCUGUGUACCGCAUACCCAUCAUCAGGCUUGGUGACGCCUCGCAAGUUUCUUGGGUGAAUGUUUCCAGCAAGGAUGGUUCAGCUGUAUCUGGAGAGGAUUACCAGUCACUUCAUACUCAAGUGGAAUUCAGUCCUGGGGACACCAGGAUAGCAGCAGAAUUGUUGCUGCUGCACAACCCUAGGAGCAUGGGACCAAGGACUUUCACAGUAGUGUUGGGACCUGAGAGCCUCACUAAUAUUCCACUUGGGACUCUUACAACCACAUCCAUUACGGUUUUACCACAAGUAGAUGGACAAAGCUGGAUUCUGCCAGCCCCUCCUAUAGUUGUUUCUCUCCCUUUCUACCAAAAUGCUGGGGAAUAUAUCAAGAAACCAGCUAGUCCAGGCCUUCCACUGAUAUGUGUAUCUCCCUGUGAGGCAAGCUAUCCAGGGAGUAACAUUACAAGAGAGAUGUGUGCUGAAUCAAGGAUUAAUGUGUCUUCCCUUCAGUACUCAUGGGAAGUAGCAGUUCCAGCUGAGGGUGGCAGUGGCAUCACUCCAUUCUAUACUCUCUCAGAUGACACAAACUUUGCAAGUUCACACAAUAAAGUGCUUGAUUCCAUGUUUUUUGCUCGACACUUCUCGCUUCGAUGUAUUGCUACUCCAACUCAAGGUGAUGGGACACAUGGAGUUCCUUUACGAAGUGAAGGUGUGAUCAUUGGAACUCAUAAUGAGGUUUGUCAAGCAGUAAUAAAUGCAGGCCUUGGUGGUGGGCUCCAGGGUCAAUCUUUUAAGGCCUCUUUGACGUACAUCAAUGCAUCAGCAGAACACCACCCCAAUACUAUCAAAGUUAAUGUUGAAAUUUCCCAUCAAGAUGGCAUGGUUCCAUUGGUAUCAACUCUUCCACUUCAUAAUGUGCGUUACCUUCUAACUGAGGAAGUGUACCGCACACAUCAUCGCUGCUCCAACUUAAACCUUGAUGGUGGGUUCUUGAAUCCCUCUUUACACCGUUCAUCUAAUGAGAGCUAUCAUGCUGACAGAGAGAACAAGACUCUUCAACUGUACCAACAUCUUGAUAUGAAGGCAUGUUUAUGGACCUUCACUGCCUGGUUUUCAAUGACUGAGUUGAUUGACCGCUGUGGUGGUCAGGUGGUCUCAGAUUUCCAGGUUGGAUCAAGUGGUCAGAGUUUCCUGACUGUACGUGUUCCAUUGUACAUCUCUCGCGUGCAUGCCACGUCACCUCCUGGUUGGGCUUCUCUUGACCAUCGCACUGAGCUCUCAGUGUCCUUGUACUACAAUACCCUUCUGUGGCACCGUGGACCCCUCACCCAACCUUCCCUCACUGCCAGGAUACAGGUGACGAGAAUGUCAAUAGAUGACUCUGGGCGUCUUGUUAUAGACCUAAGGACUCAAGCUAAGUUUAGAGGACAGUUUGUGAUGCAUCAUCCUGAGCUGGAUCAGCACACCUCCCGCCUCAUCCCACCCAGCCACUUGGAUACACAAUUCUCAUUGGAGCUUGUGUGGUCAGCCUCCACUUGGGAGGGUCCUGAGCAGGUUUGGCGAGCAACAAGUAUUUACAGUCUUCCAGACUACACAGGCGAAUACAAGCUUGAGUUGGUGCCCUGCACUGCACCUCCAGAACAAGCCUUCAUUGUUUCUGACCCUCCAGCCUGCACACCACAGCCCCCUCAAGCCUUUCCUUUGCCACUUGCCAUUCAGCAAAGCCACCGCCCUGUGCCUCUUGUGUACACUCUCAACACAGUAUUUCAACUACUCGACAGUCCAGAUGUCUUCCUUCAGGAUCCUCAAAAAGUGGAUAAUUUACAGGAGAUAGACUAUAAUGGAAGCUUUGGUCCUGGACAGACCAUAUAUGGUCGAGUACUGUGGCACCCGAGUCAAGACCUUCACUCAGCCUACCAGCUCUAUAUUCAGCGUGUAUACCUCUGUACUGGUGCCGAUGGGUACAUUCCUACUUAUGACCCAACAGGAGAGCUUUACAAGGAAGGGCCUCAAUACGGCUGCCUAAAGCCUUCCAGCAAACUGAAACACAGGUUCCUUAUUCUGGAUCGAGAACAGCCAAUUCCAAGUGAAGCCGAUCUAAGCUUACCGGGACUGAAAGCUCAUUUUGCCAGGGACCUGCCAGAGUUUGCCUCUAUCAAGCAGUUUUCUGGUGUAGAUGGCUUCCUUCUUGACACUGAUGGCUUGUACCAGGUGAACUCAGGCCAUCAGUGGUAUUUACAGGUACUGUACACAAUUGGGCCCAGUAAUGAACGGCUGCGUCGGGAGACAAACCUCCACUCUACAGUAAUGAGUACAGCUCCAGUUUCUUCUGGGAAUUAUACGACAAAGAGUGAGGACUAUAGUGGUGAUAACCAACUGUUUAAUCAUUCAUCUCAUGAAAACUUGAAGAAAGCAUGGGAGCUACCAGCCCCAUCCUUUUUAACAUCUUUACACACCAGAAAUGGAACAAAUAUGAGGAACUUUGAAUUGGAAUUGACAAGUGCCAGGACAUCUGACAGCUCCCUUUUUUUGUACAUUCUUUAUUCAGUGAUUGCACUCCUGGCCCUUAUAGUGGUGGCAGUUGGAACACUUUUGAUUGUAAAAAGACUUUAUAAAAAAUCAGAAAAAGAUAAAGUGAUUGUUGUGCGUGGUUUAAAAAAUGACGAGGAGUUUAGAAGAAGAGGUGAAACAAAAGCACAAGAAAGGCCAAAAACAUUACCUCCCAACAUGACACUGAAUAGUGAAAGUAAUCUUCAGACAGUGAAGGUGAAAACUUUAGCAAUAACUGUCAGAAAUAAUCUAGAAGAUGAGGGAACUGAAGUGUAA